CUUUCGUUUUCUAGUCUGGUGCUCUCUCCACUGGAGAAGGAAGGGACCAAGGCUGUCCUCCAUGGCUGAAAAAAAACAAGAAAUAGAACGACUUAGGAGGUUGGAAAUCGAGGGCAAAAAAGCCAUCACUGGUUUUUUGGACAAUUUGGUGAAAAAAGAUGUGAUUAAAUUACCAGAAGAUGAAAAGAAAAAAUUUAAUAAUGCCACACCUAGAGACAAGGCCUGGAUUUUUGUGGACUUCAUACGACAGAAGCCCCAAGAGGCAGUUCCCUUGGUUAUCCAGAGUUUUCUUAAGGCGGACAAAAAGGCCAAAGAUACAGAAGCUUAUUCAGGAACUAAGUCCAGAGCAGUUGAGCCAGCAGAAUCAACUAAUACCCUCAAGCUUUGUUCUCCUGAGCAAUUCCAGAGACUGCAUAAUGAAAACACCAAAAAGAUCUAUCCAAUAAUGGAGAAAAAUAAUCGCACUCGUCAGGCGCUCAUUAUAUGCAAUAUAGAGUUUGAGUAUACUACUGUGAGGAGUGGGGCUGAAUGUGACAUCACGGAAAUGAAGGGGCUGCUUGAAAGCCUGGACUACACUGUGAAGGUGAAAAAGAAUCUUAAAGCCGAGGAUAUGAAGUUGGAGCUGAUGAAAUUUGCUGACUUACCAGAGCACAAAUCCUCAGACAGCAUGUUCUUGGUGCUUAUGUCUCAUGGCACCCUUCAUGGAAUCUGUGGAACUUUGCAUAGUCAGAAAAAUGAAGAUGUGCUACCUUAUGACAGCAUCUUCCAGAUAUUCAACAACUGCAACUGUGUUGCGCUUAAAGACAAACCGAAGGUCAUCAUUGUGCAGGCCUGCAGAGGUGGAAACAGAGGCGAAACAUGGGUUGGAGACUCUCCAGCCCUGGAAGACAGCUCUUCAUACUCUCAGAUGAACCUGGAUGAAGAUGGUGUUUACAAGACCCAUGUGGAGAAGGACUUCAUUGCUUUCUAUUCAUCAACCCCACAUAACAUGUCCUGGAGAUACAAAACUGGGGGCUCUCCCUUCAUCAAAGAACUCAUCAGAUGCUUCCAGAAAUAUUCCUGCUGCAAUCACCUCGAGGAAAUAUUUCUGAGGGUAAGAAGUUCAUUUGAUGAACCAGGUGUUCGAGCCCAGAUGCCCACUGUUGAGAGAGUAACCUUGACAAAACCUUUCUACCUCUUUCCUGGCUAUUGAAACCACAGGCAGCCCAACCUUCCUUUAUCAACUUUAAGAAGCACUUUUGUACAUG